AUGUCGUCGCAGCAAUCUUAUCUUCCCAAGAUAGUCAAGCUGGAUUUUCCCCGCUACAAUGGUGGAGAUGACACAAUAACUUGGAUCUACCGAGUAGAGCAAUUUUUUGCGUUCCAUCAAACACCAGAGGAGGAACGGGUUGCCUUGGCAUCCUUUCACCUAGAAGGGGAAGCGCAGUUGUGGUACCAGCUCUACAAGCAAAGCGAUGGAGGAGUAACAUGGGCGGAUUUUUGUGAAGGGCUACACGCUCGAUUUGGGCUGACUCCAUUCCAAGACUUUUUUGGCGAGUUGGCCAAGUUGCAACAAACUAGUUCUGUACGUGAUUACCAAGCAAAAUUCGAGAGGAUUUUAUCAAAGGUGGGUCAAUUGCCACCUAAUCGGCAAAUCAGUUGUUUUGUGAGCGGACUCCGCGACAACAUCAAGGUUGACGUUCUAGCCGCGCAACCAGCCACACUCUCUAGUGCUAUUGGGUUAGCACGGCUGUUCGAGGCUAAGAACCUAUCAAUGCGAAGAAGUUUUCCACCAGCGGAGCCACGCAAGUUCAUGGUAGGCAAUAAAGAAGCUUCCAACGGAGGAAACACCUUACCCAUUAAGCGUAUGUCGAUUGGAGAGAUGCAAGAGCGGAGGGCAAAGGGGCUCUGUUACAACUGUAACGAGCAUUUUGUGCCUGGUCAUAGAUGCAAGUGUGGCCCAGAAGAGGAAGAAGAAACAACUCUGGUGAACGACGUUGCUGAGGAGGUGGAAGAAAUACCAGAGAUUUCUUUGCACGCUAUUUGUGGGGUGAAAACUCCUGAAACGAUGAGAGUGGUAGGAAGGCUUGGCCACGUGGCAGUGACUGUGCUGGUUGACUCUGGGAGUACCCAUAAUUUUUUGAGUUUAAAGGUAGCAAAAAAAGUGGGGAUCUCUCCUACAAAUCAGCAACCAUUUGAGGUAAUGGUGGCUUCUAGAGAGAAGAUAUCCAGCCCAGGUAUGUGCAAAAAUGUGUCUUUAAAUGUUCAAGGAGUUACAAUCGUUGCGGAUUUCUUUCUCCUAGCCUUGGGUGGUUAUGAAGCUGUGUUGGGUGCCCAUUGGUUGCAAACUCUAGGCCCUAUUACUUGGGACUUUGCCAACCUUAUCAUGAAAUAUGAGGUGGCGGGAAAGGAGGUUACACUCACGAGAAUAUCAGCAGGAAUGGAUAAGAUUAUUGAAGAUCCCACUCGUGAAACUAGGAGGAGGAAACAAGGACUCUUGUUACACCUAUGCUCAAUUCUGCCCACCAAGACUGAGGUGGAACCCACUUCAGCUCACCUACAUAAACUCCUCAACCGUUUCAAAGAGAUUUUUGAUGAGCCAAAAGGAUUACCUCCCACUUGGUUACAUGACCACCGAAUUCCACUCAAAGCCAACUCCCAACCGACAUGUGUGAAGGCCUAUCAUCAUCCGUAUUUAAAAAAAAAAGGAAAUUGA